UUACAAACAGAAUAAGAAAAUUUGAAGCCAAACUUUAGAAUAUCCGGCAGUCGGGAUCCGUUCGCUUUUGUAGUUUUCCUUAAAGUAUAUUUAUUAAUAAUAAAUAUUUUCUCAUAUUCUGCGAGGGAAGCAAAGCAAACUCGCUGUUCCCACCAACCCUGUAUCGACGGAUUCCGCAAAGCUCUUUUUUCAUUUCCUUUCUAAAACUCUUUCUCUCUCUCUCUGGCUCCUGUGAAUCUCCGAUUUAGAUCUCUCACCAAAUUAAAACUACAAAAACAAUGCAAAGCGCAGCCAUUUCUUUGUCUUCUCCUUGUUCAAUUCCUUCUCUGAAACCGCAAAAAUUCGGUUCCAAAUCUAGAUUUGAUUCUAUUCGCGUUUCCUCUUCUUUCUCCGCUUCCAAACGGCAUGAUCUUUCUGCUUCAAGCAAUGCCGUUUCGGUUCCUUCUUUGCCAAAGCGAUCGUGGUCUCUCUCUUCCUCUUUGGCCUUGCCACUCAGGGCCUGGAACCCGGUUCCUUCUGAUUCCAAAGCGGAUCGAUUUGAAGUUAGAGUCACGGCGGCGGAGAGUGCCGGUGAAGGCGAGAAGUCAGGUAGUUUGGUGAAGACGUUGGAGCUUGGAUUGCUGUUUGGAUUGUGGUAUCUCUUCAACAUCUACUUCAAUAUCUACAACAAACAGGUUCUUAAGGUCUUCCAUUACCCUGUAACUGUCACUGUAAUUCAGUUUGCUGUUGGGAGUGUACUUGUUGCUCUAAUGUGGACUUUAAACCUGUAUAAGAGGCCAAAAACCACUGGUGCUCAGCUUGCGGUGAUUCUGCCACUUGCUGUGGUGCAUACCUUGGGCAACCUCUUUACGAAUAUGAGUCUAGGGAAAGUGGCUAUUUCAUUCACUCACACAAUUAAAGCUAUGGAGCCAUUCUUUUCAGUUGUGCUUUCUGCUAUGUUUCUAGGAGAGCUGCCUACUCUUUGGGUAGUUGCUUCCCUUUUACCAAUUGUUGGAGGAGUUGCACUUGCAUCUGUUACUGAGGCCUCUUUCAAUUGGGCUGGAUUUUGGAGUGCAAUGGCUUCCAAUUUGACAAACCAGUCUCGUAACGUUCUCAGCAAAAAGGUCAUGGUCAAGAAAGAGGACUCGAUGGACAACAUUACCCUCUUCUCCAUAAUAACAAUUAUGUCCUUUUUCUUGCUAGCCCCUGCGGCUAUCUUCAUGGAGGGUGUCAAGUUUACCCCUGCCUACAUGCAAUCUGCUGGUUUGAAUGUUAAAGAAGUUGUUGUAAGAUCUCUAUUCGCUGCGCUUUGCUUCCAUGCCUAUCAGCAGGUUUCUUAUAUGAUAUUGCAAAGGGUAUCCCCUGUUACUCAUUCUGUGGGCAACUGUGUGAAACGGGUGGUUGUCAUUGUCAGCUCUGUUCUUUUCUUCAAGACACCCGUCUCACCAAUCAAUUCUCUCGGCACAGGAAUUGCCCUUGCAGGAGUUUUCUGGUAUUCCAGGGUGAAGCGCAUUAAGCCAAAGGCAAAGGCAGCUUGAAGAUUUUGCUGAUAAAUUGAGUUGUUAUAUGAUUUAAGGACAUAUUAGUGAGUUUGGUUUGUACUUUCCCAUUUUGUCUAUUUUACCUUUUUGGAUAAUCUAAAUUCCUUCUGCGGACUGCCACUUGAUUUUAGCAAGAACCCAAUUCCGCUGAGAAGAAUUCUCGUCUUUGGUUUGGGUUUGAUGACUUUCUGUUUAAUUAAUUGGCUGUGGAAUGUAACAUUUGGUAAAAUGUAGUACAAUGACUAUUGGUAAGGAAAUGACCGAAAGGUGAAACCAUCCUGUUCUUCGGGAUGCAUACAUCCAUAGGUA